GACCGAGAGAGACAGAGAGAAGGAUAGAGGGAGGGAGGGAGUGAGUGAGUGAGGAAAUAAAGUGAGUGUGUUGGUGAAGAUGGCCGAGGCCUUACCGCAGACUCCGAGCAGGCAUGAGAAGAGCCUGGGACUCCUCACCACCAAGUUCGUGUCCCUGCUGCAGGAGGCCAAGGACGGGGUGCUCGACCUGAAAGUGGCAGCAGAUACUCUGGCCGUGCGACAGAAGCGGCGGAUAUAUGACAUCACCAACGUCCUGGAGGGAAUCGGGCUUAUCGAGAAGAAAUCAAAAAACAGCAUUCAGUGGAAAGGAGUGGGCCCUGGAUGCAACACCCGAGAGAUUGCAGAUAAGCUGAUAGACCUAAAGGCGGAGAUCGAGGAUUUGGACAGACGAGAGCAAGAGCUGGACCAGCAACGAGUCUGGGUACAACAGAGCAUUCAGAAUGUGACGGACGAUAUCGAGAACAGCAGAUUAGCAUAUGUGACACAUGAGGAUAUGUGCCGAUGUUUUAAAGGUGAUACGUUGUUAGCAAUCCAGGCACCCUCAGGCACCCAACUGGAGGUUCCCAUCCCAGAAGGCGGCUUGAAUGGACAGAAGAAGUAUCAGAUCCACUUGAAAAGCACAACCGGUCCCAUCAACGUUUUGCUGGUGAACAAGGACACUUCGUCCUCCUCCCCAGUGGUGGUACCUGUGCCCCCACCUGAAGACAUGAUCCAGUGUACGUCAACGGUGCCCACAACCCCGCAGAGGCCAGCACUGGCCAGUACCCAGGAGGCCGAGCCAACGUUACCAACCCGGUCUGCCUCCCCGUCCACUGCCUCAGAGGUAUCUCGGCCUCAGCCCACAGUAACAACACCCACAGUGCCAAGUGCAUCAGCACAAGAGUCCCCCAGCAACACCAACAAUGUCUUAAGCCUGGAACCUCUCAACCUGCUGCCAACACCCACCAGUCAAUCCAUAACCAUGGAAACACAGCCCCUGGAAUCCUCAGCCUCACUGGACAGCAGCACGUCUUUAUCCAACCCCACUACCUCCUUUGCACCAAUCAAAACUGAAUCUUCUGUGGACUUGGAGUUUCCAAAAGAGUUGACAGAGAUGUUUGACCCCACUAAAGAAUGUAUGGAUUCGGACCUCAUAGACGAGCUGAUGUCUUCAGAAGUUUUCGCUCCUCUGCUGAGGCUGUCUCCGCCACCAGGAGACCAUGACUAUUACUUCAACCUCGAUGACAGCGAAGGCGUCUGCGAUCUAUUUGAUGUGCCAAUUCUUAACCUUUGACCUUUCAGCAAACUUUGCUGUCUGUCAGCUGCAUAUUGAACUUCUUAAAAACAUUUUUUUAAGCAAACAGAAUACUUUUUUUUUAAAAAAUGACAUCUUUUGCAAAUUCUGAGUCUCCCUGGAGUGAGAUAAACUUUUGGCGUAACUGCACCUGGAUAUGACGAAGAGAUAAUGGAAGGCAAAGGUUGUCAGCAGAUGGAUGGUUUCGAAGUUGCUAUUGGCUUUCUUUUUUUAGUUGGCUUCACGACCCCAGAGAUAUUGAUUGUUCUUUCAGUGACAAAGCAGAACUUUAGCUGUAACUCCAUCAUUGGCCUUGCUGUGUGGUGCCCCUGGAGACGGUGCAGGAAAUCGCAUUGGCAUUCCAGUUACAUGGAUUGGAGUCGGCCAUUUUGGAUUAACGCUUCAUGUGAAAAGCCAUCUUCACACACUUUACAAUGCCAAGACUGCCUUCUGUUUAUCGUCAAGACUUUUUUUCCCUUUCCCCAUCUGCUGUCAAUGGACUGUGCUACUGGCAUUUUCAGUAAUAUCCCUAUUUCCUUCCACUCGCGGUUCAACCUCGUCAAAUCGAAUAGUCUCUUUCACAGUGGUGGGCAUUAUAAACCUUGGUCAGUUUUGAAGAUGAGAUAAGGGUAUUUAUUUUUGAGCUUAAUUUUCUUUUUAAUCGAAAACUACUUCUCAUUCGGGAUUGCUUUAAAAUUUGAUUUCCUCCUGAAUAUUGACAUCUGCCGUUGUAAUCUUCCACAACUUAGGGUGUGUUGCCUCUUUCUGUGUCAAUUUGGACACUUCCCAGUGUGAUUCCCACUGUUUCUCCUCAUCCAGUAUACUCAAUCCUUCUCAUCAAGUCUGAAUGGAUUUUAUAGAUUGAGCAAAUGAACAGUAACACUGUCAGACCUGGCCCAGUGGAUAACCCAAAUGGCUUUCUACUGUGCUUUAAUCAUUUGGUGACUCCCUCCCUUUGUCAUUCUGUAAGAAUUAAUCUUCCAUUGAAAGGGAUUGGACAGCUUAUUUGCAUAGUUCCAAAGAGUGGAAUCCUUUAGGGCUGAUCUUAAAAUUUCAUCACCAUUGAAGAGCUGCUCUGCAAGUUGCUUUUCUCAUGGUGUACUGCGAACCAUGGGACAAUACUCCUCCACUCUUGAGAGAUCUUCUCGGCUUGGAUGUGGACCUGUGGUGCUAUUUUAAUGUUUCUAAUUACCCUCUUGACCUAUUUCUCCCAUUUUCUUGGCUCCUUGAGAAGUUCCCCUCUUCAUAAUGGACCACAGUCAGGCUGCUGAUGUUGCCCAUGAGAUGUACAAUCAGUUGUAGAGUCAAAAGUCACACUGCCAUCAGUUGUCAUGACAAUCUGCUUUUCGUAAUUGAUGUCUUCCAGUUUUCUCAUGGGUGAGGGUAGUGCAGAGCCUGCUUCCCAGUGAUUGUCACUGUAGUGACCUGUGGCAUUGCUUAUGGAAUAAGUGAAGUCAGAGUGGUUCAUCUUAAGCAAAACAUACUUGUGUCUGACUUUGGACAUACAUGUCAUGCUAAAAUUCAAACACCAUUCUUUUUAAAAUGAUAAAAAUUUUAAAUGGCUCAGCCACUCAGCCUAACUUGGGGUGGAUUCCAUUAACUCCUGGGGAUUUGAAGAGAAGAGGGGAUGGGAUGGUGGUCAAGUGUUUUACAGUAGCUUGCCUCAUGAUUGUACUCUGGGAAGCCUGGACUCUUAGAAACUAGCCGGGUGACAUGGUUUUACAAUGUGUCUCACUACAGAAAUAACACGCUCAACAGAGAGGGCCUAGCAUCCUCAUUGCUUUACGACGAGAGGCGAUGAGUGACCUGGAAUUGGGGAAUUCAUUUGCAUCUCAGAUUGAGAGUCAUUUCACUUGCUGUUAGUGCCCAACCUGACAGACUUGACAUAGCGACAGUGAGACCUGGUGCCCCGGUUCCAUAUGGUUUUCUCUUUCUGCAUGUUUUCCCUUGUCUCUUCCUGAGAUGAGAUUUCAAUGAAGCGUUGAUCAAAGUGCAAAACAAUAUCUUUUCAUCCGUGCAUGGGGUGUGAAUGUUGUUGGCUGAGCCAGUAUUACUUGCCUGUCCCAAAUUGCUCUAAUUGAAGUUAGUGGUGAGCGGCUGCUGCAUCUAAUGUAGGGACAACCACAAUGCUGUUGGCAAGGGGGUUCCAGCAACGUCGAAGGAAUGACGAUAUGUUGCCAAGUCAAGGUGGGAUAUGGCUUGGAGGGGAACAUCAAAUUGCAGCGUUCUCAUGUGUCCGCUACCCUCUUUCCAAGUAGUAGACGUCAUGGGUUUGAACAGUGCUGUCUUAAGGAGACUUCUUACAGUGCAUCUUGACAGUGCAUGCUGCUGCUAGUGGGUUGGUGGUUGAGGGAGUGAAUGUUUAAAUUGAAUGCUUUGCUCACAUUGCACUAAGAAGUUCAGCUGUUUCCUUGAAGGGAAAUAGAUGGUCAGAAACUGGAGGUAACUAUGGGUGGAAUCUAGUUAGUGUGGGAAAUAUGUACAGUAGUAUAUUUCAUAGGGAGAAACUAAGACCUGUAAUACAUAGAUUCACUCGCUCUCUUCAACCAGCUGAACAGUUCCAGUCAGGACUCAGUGUUUCAGACGGUGAACCACUGUUAAAGGUGAAGGAGAAUGUGCUUUAUUUCAUAGCUUAUAACUGUGGUGUCAAGUGAUUCUGGUUUCAGUGUUCUCACAAAUCAGACUGGCUUUAUUUCAUACAGAACUACCUUCCUGUGGUGUGCUGGGUCCAUUGUUUGAACCCCGCCACAACAUAUGACCACUCUCUUCCUGUCAGGUUUUACCCAAUGCCCCUUGUAUUUCCUGAUACGGACCACAGUGAGCAGUAGUAGUCACUGAGUCUUCCAGGAGCUCUGUCUACUCCCUGACUCACUACUGACCUUUGGUGAGUUCCUGGGCCAUAUCUCAUGGCUCCCUUGGUGACAGGUCAUAUCUCCUAUUGCGCGUAGCUCACAACUGAGGUUUGCUGUGGUUUAACAGGGUCCAGCUUCUUACGUCGUUAGUUCAAUUGUCAUCAUUAUUCAUAGAACCAUGCAGUACUGAAGAGGCCCUUCAGCUCAUUGAGUCUGUACCACUAUAAAUAUACCACUACCUGCGCUAGGCCCAUGGCUUUGAAUGUUUUAACACUUAAAGUGCUCAUCCAAGUACUUUUUAAAGGUUAUGUGGUGAGUCACCUCACCCUCCCAGAAAGUGCAAUCCACACCCCCCACCACCCUCCAGGUGAAAAAAGGUUUUCCUCAAACCUCCUGCCUUUCAUUUUAAGAUAAUGUCCCCUUGUUACUGACCUUUUGAAUAAGGCGAACAGCUAUUUUGUAUUCACCCUUUUCAUGCCCCUCAUAAUCUUACACCCCUCUAUCAGGUCGGUCGGUCUCUCUCUCUCCAGGCAACAUCCUGGUGAAUCUCUUCUACAUCUAUUUCAUUUAUAGUGAUUGUCUUAUUUACCCAGAAGCCGCAUGAAGGAGAUUCAGCAUUCAUUGAGAUGUGUGACUGAGAGAGUUGGUAUCACUGAAGGGUAGCCUUAAUGACACAAUCUGAACCUGAUUUGCUUCAGGUUGCUUGUCUUCUUUUGCGCUGUCACUCACUCUCUCAUGUAUGUUAUCACUGUGUUUGUCUCUCUCCCUCCUUUGUCUUGUUACUAGCCAUCAAGGUGUCGCUUCUUCCAUGAAGCACUUGAUUUUAUGUUUUAUUUAAAAGAUAAGCACAGUGUUUUCAUAUAUAAUAUUCCCCAUCCCUGUGUUGUCAACAUAUUCAUGCACUUAGCAUCAGUUGGUUGUAGCUGAUGUUAAAUCCACUGGCUAGAAUGUUGCACAGAUACAAUACCAGUGUGAAUAACCACUUUGGGUUUUCAGUUCACCUCAGAUAUUCCUCCCCAACACACUUGCCUUCUUUCACAAGGAGACCCCAUUUGUCCAGAAGCCUCUGCCAGCUCUUUGAAAGAUCUGUGGAAUUAGUCCCAAUCUACUGCUCUUUCCCUAUAGCUCUUAAAUAGUUUCCCCUUCUUCAUCGACUUCCUCUCUUUUGAGUAUCUAUUUAAUCUACUUCUACCAUCCUUUUGGGUCAUGCAUUGCAGAUCAUAACAAUUCGCCUUAUAAGAGAGAUUACAAAUUUCUCCUCUCGCUCUUUUGCCAGUGAGCUUGGAUAUGGGACCGUGGAUUACCAACAUUGUUGUGUAUAGGAAUAGCUUCUCUGUUAUCUAUUGAAACCUCUCCUAAUUGUAAUGCUUUGAAAUCUCCAUUGACUUUGUCCGGUCUACAGCUUUUACUGUGUUCACAUGCUGAGGUGUCUCAUCUCUGCUACCAUUCUAGUAAAUCUUUUCCGCACCCUCUCCAAGGCUUUGACAUUCUCCCUGACGUAUGGUGCCCAAAUUUCUUCUUGAAUUCAUUCAUCAGUUAUGGGUAUUGCUGGCUAGGCCAGCAUUUACUGCUCGUACUUAAUUGCUCCAGAGAAUAUUGUGUUAAGCUAUCUUAUUAAAUUGCUGCAGGCCUUGGGUUGUAGAGAGACCACAGUGAUGUUACAACAGGAGUUUCAGGACUUUGACCCAGUGACCGUGAACGAACAGCAAUGGAUUUCCCAAGCCAGGCUGGUAGGUGGUUUGGGGGAGAACUUGCUGGUGGUGGUGUUCCCAUGUAUCUAGUGCCCAUGUCCAUCAAGGCAAGAGAAGUGAUUGAUUUGGAAAGUGCUGUCUCAGGAACCUGGGCAAGUUUUGCAGUGUAUCUUCUAGAUGGUACACAUUGUGUCUAUGUUGGAGGGUGUGAUUGUUGAAGUUGAUGGGUAGGGUGCCAAACAAGCAAGCUGCUCUGACAUGGAGUGUUGUUGGAACUGCCCUCAUCCAAGCAAGUGGGGAGUUUUCCAUCACAUUCCUGUCCUGACUUGUCCCUUGUGGAUAGUGGACAGACUUUGGGGAGACAAUAGGUGAGCUUCUACCUGCAGCCUCUGACCUGCUCUUGUAGCCGCAGCGUUUAUAUGGCUAGUCCAGUUCACUUUCUAGUCUACGUUAAUCCCUAGCAAUUGUUAAGGAGUGUUUUGGUGCCAGAAAUGCCACCAAAUAUCGAGCGGCGAUGAUCAGAAUCUCUCUUGUCGGAGAUGGGCAUUGCUUGGAGAUUGUGUGAUGAUUGGGGCGACGCGGUAGCUCAGUGGUUAGCAGUGCUGCCUGACAGUGCCAGGGAACGGGUUCGAUUCCACCCUCGGGUGACUGUUUGUUUUUGUGGAGUUUGCACAUUCUCCCCGUGUCUGCAUGGGUUUCCUCCGGGUGCUCCAGUUUCCUCCCACAGUCCAAAGAUGUGCAGUUUAGAUGGAUUGGUUAUGCUAAAUUGCCCAUAGUGUUCAGGGAUGAGUAGAUUAGGUGGGUUUAUAAGGGGAUAGGUCUGCGUGGGAUGGUCGGUGUGGACUUGUUAGGCCACAGAGCCUGCUUCCACUCUGUAGGGCUUCUAAGAUCUAUGAUGAUCUAUGAAUGUUAGUUGUCAGUUAUCAGCCCAGGCCUGGUUGUUGUCUGGGUCUUAUCACAUGUGAAUGCGGGUUGCUUCUUUUGGACACCAGCUUCUUCAGCAUCUGACAAGUUAGGAAUGGUGCUGAUCAUCAUUCACUGACAAUUUCAUAUCCACACUUAGGGAGGGAAGGUCAUUGAAGCAGCUGAAGAUGACUAGGUCUAGGACACUAUCUUGAGCUCCUGCAGAGAUAUCCUGGAGCUGAGGUGAUUGACUUCCAACAAACUACCAUCUUCCUUUACGCAAGAUAUGACUCCGAACAAGAGAGAGAAUUUUCCCCAAUUGUUCCAUUGACUCCAGUUCUGUUAGGGUUCUUCUGCCCCCUCCAGUGGUUAAACCUGAGCCUCCAACCUUUCCACUUGAGCUCCUGAUCAGAUUAAACUCUCCUUGGAAUUAAUGUACACCCAAGACAUGAACACUACCCUGAUGUGGAAAGACUCUUUGAACCCCACCCUCACGUGCCUGGCUAGGAGAGAUUAACCUCUCUCUGCUCCUUGUCACAACUUGAUGCAUUUUCUUCCUGUAUCAUUCUUGCAAAUCAGUCUUUCCCAAUAUCAGAGCAGUGUCAGAAAUCACACAAUGCCAGGUUAUAGUCCAACAGGUUUAUUUGAAAACACAAGCUUUUGGAGCGUUGCUCCUUCUCUGUAAGAAAUCGUUCAUUGUCUUCACCUACCUUAAUUCUUGAAGUCUUUUGAAUUUUGCUGCCUUUCAGCUCCUGGUCCUUGGACCCUCCCCUCUGAUAAAAAUUGUGGAGGAACUGCAGUCAAAUUUGUGUUAUCUGGCACACAGGAUCCGGUGGUGCCAUUAAAUAAAAAAUACCAGGUAAACUAUUUCAGUUUGUGGUAAUAUUAGGAAUUGGGUAAAUUAUGCCUCGACGUAUCCUGCAACUUGCAGAGAUUUAGAGGCUCCAGACCUUUUGAGUCUUUUCACCAUAAACAUGGAGAGCAAAAGACUCCAACGUUCUGUACACAUUGACAGCAGUGAACCUGUGAUCAAUGUGCAGAGGUUUCCUGUUACCAGCAUCACAGAUCUGUCAUUGGCCUUAGUUGAACUUCUGUUGUUUUAAAACCCGAUCCUCUGAAAGUAUUGCAGAAAGAUCGUAUCAUGGAAUCUGGCCAAGGAUUUUGCUUCAGAAUUAAGUAGUAACUCAUGACUUGUUUAAAGGAAAGGCUGUCUGUGUUCGAAAUGCUGUUGAACCCAUGCUUACCUGCUCUCUGAUGAAGGGUCUAGGCCCGAAACGUCAGCUUUUGUGCUCCUGAGAUGCUGCUUGGCCUGCUGUGUUCAUCCAGCCUCACAUUUUAUUAUCUUGGAAUUCUGCAGCAUCUGCAGUUCCCAUUAUCUCUCUUACCGUUCAAAUGUUGUGUUUGUUGGAGCUUGCUCAGCUGUUUUUGGACCCCUGUCCCACCCACCAUCUUUAGACAAAAGAGAAUAAUAAAGUUAAUGGGUUUCUUAGAUUCAUGUUGGUUUUAAUUUGAAGAUGUUUUAAAAAGGAUUAAAAAUGCCCCUAUAUUCAUUGAGUGGAUGUUUGAAUCUCUGAGGCUUAGCAGUGAAGAUGUCAAAGGAGCUUUUGAUUUAAUGGAUGGCUGACUUUCACUUGAAUGUAACAGGCUUCACGAUGUGUAAAAACCUGAGCCUUCCUCCCUGAAAGACUCCCUUGCUAUAAAAGGGUGAAGCCUCUGAAGUGCUGAAGACAAGAGAUGUAUGGGUCUGAAGUGGCCCAAGUACCAGGCCUACUUCCAUCUCCUGGAGGCCUUAAAUUGUUAUAAGUCCUUUCAAUGUUCAUUGUUUGAGCUAAAAGAUGGGGUCAAUGUGUUUGUCUGAAUAGAAUAAGGUUAGUUGCUAGGAAGCAGAGGGCAUUUUCCCAAAAAUGAGCAGGUGAGAGUAUGAUUGUCACCACUACAUGUCUGUGAGUUAAGGUCCUGCAAAGUAGGGGAUCCUUUGGCCUUUCACCCUCUAUCUCAAGAAGCAAAGUUCCAGUUUAGCCUGGUGCCAGCAUCACACGUUUUAAUCUACUGCCUGACUAUUUGAGUUUUUUUAAAAGCUAGUGCCCCCUCCCGUUUGUUUUAAACUAAAGACAGUCGGAUUGUUUUAACAAUAACAAAAGAAUGCUGGGCAUGUGCAGCAGCUCAGGUGGCAUCUAUCGUGAGGGAAGGUUGGGGUUUGUGUUCAGGGUAAUGACCCUUCAUUGGAACUGGAAAAUAUUUUGUCCUGAAUUGUUAACUCUGUUUCUGUUUCUAAAGAUGCUACCAGAUCUGCUGAGUAUUUUCCAGCAUCUUUGAUAAUUUCCUUUUGGAUUGUUUUAAUGUUUGCUUUGUCUAAUUAGGGAUUUAUGGGUGGCAUUCUGCGAUGACUUGAUAUAAGAAUGUAAGAUAACACUUUUUUAUUUGGUUGUCAAGAAAAAAAUUAUUUUUGUACUUUUGCGAGGGGGUCAUUUGAAAUCAAAACAUGCCAGUUAUUGUACAAUUUAUAAUACAGCCUUUCUUAAAUCGACAUUCAUCUCAACAUAGCACUUUAGAGAAAUCAGAUGUUUAUAUUGUAUCAUAAGACAACAGAUGGUCAUUCCAUUGUAGACAGUAGCUUUGCAAAGGAAGAAUUUAUAUAUUAUUUUUCUUCUUGUAUCUUAAUAGUGUCUGAAUCAGUUGAGGAAAAUGAUUUUGAAAUACUACAACUUUAUUGUCAUGUGUUUCCAUACAGUAUUUCCUCAGCUUAAGAAAUUGUAUUUGUGCUUUUUUUCUUUCUAAUUUUUGUUUUUAUGAGCUUUAUUUUAUUGGUUGAGCAAUGUACCAUGUUUGGCUGUUUUAUGCCAGAUGAUAAAUGCAUGUGUAUCCUUAUCAGUGCCCCUCCUUUGGCAGCUCUUCCUUGUACUGUUGUUGUGUUAACUGCAAUGCAUUUGGGAAUUGUACAGCGUCUUAAUAAAAAAAAAUCCUGUUUUUUGAA